CAAACUCGAUUCAACCCUCUUUUCUUACUGGAAUUCCAUUCUUAUGCUUCGGGAUGGAGAAUAGUGAGAACACUGAGAAGUCAAAGGAGGGGACAAACUCAGGCACAAUAGCUGCAGCAGAUAAUACAACAAAGAACACGACUGAUGGAAGCACAAAUGCAAAAUCAGACCAAGCAAAGAGCAACGCUGCCACUGCUAUUGGUGCUACCCGACCAUCCCUUUCAGUCCAAAGAAAACCCAUGAAACGCAAGGUAUGGGUAUGGAAAUUUUUUGAUGAGUUUACUGAUGAGAAUGGUAAGACUAGGGCUUGGUGUCAUUUCUGUGAUUGUGAUUUGGCUGCUGAGUCUAGAACCAAUGGAACUACUCCAUUGAAAAACCAUUAUAAUAGCUGCAAAAUGAAUCAUGUUAAUGUUAUGGUUCAACAGAUUUUACUUAACUUCCAAAAAGUGUUAGAGGUUGAUGAUGUAGAUGGUAGAGAAGUAACUCAAUUGACAACAACAUCACGAAAAUUUGAUGAACAAGCUGUUAGGAAAGUAUUAGCUAAGAUGCUUAUUGUUGAUGAGCUUCCAUUUUCCUCUGUUGAACAUCCUGGAUUUGUAAAGUUCUGUCAAGUAGCUUGUCCUUUAUUUAAUAUCGCAUCUCGUAGGACUAUCACAAGAGACAUUUUAAGCAUUUACUCUAACAUGAAAGAGGAUUUGAAAACAUAUUUUAAGAAUGGAAACCAAAGAGUAUCUUUAACAACUGAUACAUGGACAUCACUACAAAGGGCUUCUUAUAUGUGUGUGACUGCUCAUUGGAUUGAUGCUAAUUGUUGGUUGCGAAAAAAAAUUCAGAGUUUUGUUCCUGUUGAUAGUCAUAAAGGUGAUGCUUUAGGUGACAUGCUUGAGAGAUGUCUUAGAGAGUGGGGGAUAGAUAAAGUGUAUUGUGUUACUUUAGACAAUGCUAGUGCGAAUGAUGGACUGGUUAGACACUUAAAAGGGUGCUUGCAAAAGUGGGGAACUAGUAUUCUUGGAGGGCAAGAUUUGCACAUGAGGUGUGCUGCCCACAUUAUAAAUUUGGUGGUUAAUGAUGGAUUCAAAGAGAUGCAACCAUCUGUUAAUGCUGUUAGGGCUGCAGUACGAUAUGUGAGGGAAAGUCCAAUGAGGCAGAAACUGUUCUUUGAAUGUGCAAAGUUUGAGAAGAUUGAAUGUGAAAAGAUGUUGUCUCUAGACACUCCAACUAGAUGGAAUUCCUUGUACUUGAUAUUAGAAGUUGCUGAAAAGUAUGAGCUUGCAUUUGGUAGCUUUGCAAGAAGAGAUGCUCACUAUGAGGAUGCUUUAGAUCAUGCUAUUCCAACUCAUGAGGAUUGGGAGAAUUGCAGAAAAUUAGUGGAUUUCUUGGGGCACUUCUACUGUAUGACCUUGAAGGUGUCAGGAAAUUGGUAUGCCACUUCAAACCUUUACUUUCUAGAAAUUUGUUCACUUGAUGCAUUGUUAAAAGAAUGGGAGGAGUUGAGUGAUAUAGAUUUGGUCAUGCUUACAAUCAAAAUGAGAGACAAGUUUGACAAAUAUUGGGAAACUCCAGUUGAAAUGAAUAAGAAUAUAUUUAUUGGAAUGGUGUUGGACCCUAGAUACAAAUUAGAUAAAUUUGGGCAGCUAGUGAAGGAUGAGACUUAUAAGCUAUUUGAGGAGAAUAAGAAAAGGAUACAGGGAGUGGGAACUGGCAGUAGCAAUAGCAAAUCCCUUUCCAAUUCCAAUGUAAAUUCUUCCGGUGAGAAUUCAGUUUCUAGUGUCACUGCUGGUGGUUCAAGUGUCUCAACAAGUGUGGAGAUGAAUCCAUCACAAAGAUGGCAAGAGAAAAUGAAGAUGAAAUACAAGAAGUAUAACAAUGACAAUGGUGCUACCAGUGAACAAUCUGAACUAAAUAAGUACUUGGCAGAAGCUGUUGAAAAGGACAACCCAGAUCUAAACAUUUUAGCUUGGUGGAAGCUGAACUCACCUAGAUUUCCCGUUCUUGGUGCAAUGGCUAAGGACGUAUUAGCUGUGCGAAUAUCAACUGUGGCCUCGGAGUCUUGUUUUAGCACUAGUGGUCGUGUGCUUGAUGCUUUUAGAAGCUCUUUAACACCAAAAACAGUUCAGGCUUUAAUCUGUGCUCAAGAUUGGUUGAAGCCAAAGGGAAAUCUUGUAUUCGAUGAGGAAGAUUUAGACAACCUGUUAAACAUUGAACCAUGUGUUGAGAAGCUUGGUUUGGAGGUAACUCUGUUGGGAUGUUAGCAUGAACAUGUUUGUUAUUUUUAGAUUACCUUAAUUUCCAAUUAUAUAUUCUCUUUUAUGCUCUAGGAUUUGACAUUUACCUUUGAAUCUUUUUUUAUAAACAGAUUUUCUUUUUGGACAAUGGAAGGCAGAAGCUACUGAAUGUGGAUACUCUGAUGUUGGCUAACUUUAUUGUGUAGACUGCAGACUGCAAAGUGCUGACUUUUUUUUAGUUUAAGUGAGAUAAUGACUUCUUUUUAGUUUAAGUCAGAUAAUCACUUCUUUUGGAACAAUACUUUGCAAUAGUUAGAUAUUUGCAUAGAUAGUUUGGUUGGUGCUUGUGGUUAAUUGCUAAAUGGUUUUUUGAAUCUUUUGAUAUCAUAUAGGCAUAUAGCACAUUAGCAGUUGUAAAUUGUUAUAUUUUGUUCUAGCAUACUAGCAGGCUAGUAGACUAGCAACUUUAAUCUGUUCUGUUUGUGUAUUUUUGAUUUAGCACUGGCACCAACCAAGUUAAUGAAAAAUGAAAUUGAAUGAUCCAUCAUAGAUUGUUUAUUAUAAAUUUAUAGUGUUUGA